UUAUGCUUAUAUUAUACCCUGUCUUUGCGGAAUGGGGGCGGAACGAACAAACAAUAAAGUGAUUUCCUUUUUUAUUAUUUUAGUUGUUUGGAAAAGGAUUGUGAUUGGCCGUGGUUGCAGAGUGUGUUGUUUUUUUGAUGGGUGUUUGCGAUUAGGUGUUAGGCAGGAACUUGUUCUUAGAAUAUGUUGCAUUGCAGUGUUGUCCAUUUGAUGCUAUAAACUCUGUGUUGCGUCUUUAUGAGAGAGACAGAGACUGAGCCCACAACUUGCUCGGCUUUGGAUGCGGAGGAUGAAGAGGAGAAUGAUGAGAAUUCAUCAACAAGCACUGAAGGAAAUGGCCCUAGAAAGAGGAGGAGAAAGACGGUGAGAAAGCUUGAAGUUUUUGUGAAGAAUUUGGUGACAAAGGUGAUGGAGAAGCAGGAACAGAUGCACAAACAGUUGGUGGAAAUGAUAGAAAAGAAGGAAAGGGAAAGGAUAAAGAGAGAAGAAGCUUGGAAGAAUGAGGAGAUGGAGAGAAUUAGAAAAGAGGAAGAGGCUAGGGCCGAAGAAAAGUCUCGGAAUUUGGCCCUGAUAUCCUUCAUUCAGAAUCUGUUGGGCCAGGAGAUUGAAAUCCCCCAAGCAGUAGAAGCAUGCAGCAAAAGAGAAGAGGGAGAAGUUGAAGUGAAUGGUCAUAAAGAAUUGAAUAGUGAUCCUAGUAAGAGUAGAUGGCCUGAUGUUGAAGUGCAAUCACUUAUCACAGUGAGAACUUCAUUGGAGCACAAGUUCCGUUUCAUGGGAUCAAAAGGGUCAAUAUGGGAGGAGAUAUCUGAAGCAAUGUAUGGGUUGGGCUAUAAUCGCUCUGCCAAGAAGUGUAAGGAGAAGUGGGAAAACAUCAACAAAUACUAUAAAAGGACAAUAGGGAGUGGCAAGAAGAGGCGUCAAAAUAGUAAAAGUUGCCCUUAUUUUGAUGAGUUGGACAUUCUGUAUAGAAAUGGCCUCUUAAGUGUUGGAAAUGCCUUGAGCAAUACCACUGAUGCUCCCCAGAAUGAAGAAAAGGAGUAGACUCAAACUUCAAUACUACUUCAUAGUCAUAGAUACGCCUUAUGUAUAACUUCUUUCACUUCAGUGUUUAUUUACCCAUUCUUCUUUUUAGUGACAAUAUACAAUCCUUUAACUCUGCUUUUAAAGUUUUAAAUAUGAAGCUCAUUGGGUUGAUAUCUUUAA